AUCUGGGCCAUUUUGAGGCAAUUCAUGGCCUAUUGGGGCUUGGAACACUGGAAAAAUUCGAACAUGCAACUUUUUGUUGGCACUGAGAUCUUCAGCUCUUGUGAUUUCCAUUUCCUGAGCGAGCGAAGACCUCGAGCUUGUCCUGCUUUCUUUGUACGGGAAUCGGCCGGGUGGCCGAGUAUCGAUAAGAGAUGGUUCAGAGAAGAAACAUGUUACGUGUAAGAUACUGCCCAGCAAAACUACAAAAGUUCAGCAUCUUGACAGGGAUGUUUUCUGUGUUGAUGUUCAGACAACCAACCAGGACAAAAAAUGAGAUACAUGCCGGAUCAAACUCUAAUUUGUUAAGGCCAAGCAACACAAAUCUAAUAUGAGUUUGCCCCACCCAGAUGCCAUCUCAUGACCUCUUUCCAAUCUUUUUCUUCCUUCCAAUUUCUCCAAUCUCUCUCGUGUCUAUUUAUAUCUGCUUGCACACGCUGGUCCAACAUAGGAACCGAAGUCCACCCGCAACUUGCUCGUUAUUUUCGAACAAGCACGACCGCAGAAGCUCGAGUCAUGGCCACUUUGCAGAGGUCGGCCAAGUCGUUCAGGAGGCAGGGCUCAUCGGGGCUGGUCUGGGACGACACCCUCUUGUCGGAUCAGUUCCAUGAAGGCGCCAAGAACAACAAGAGCGACCUCAAAGAGCUCAGGCCGUGCCAGAGCGCCAAAGCCAUCUUCGCGGGUGUGGACUUCAGUUCCGGGCUGAACGACACCGCGCCUCCGGCGACGUGCCUGCGGAGCCUGUCGUCUUCGAGUGCCGACCCUUCUCAGAGCGCGCGCGCCCGCGGCCUCUCGGGCGUCCUCAGCAAGCAGUACCUCGUUAAAAAGCUGAAGAUGCGAAAGACAACUGAUCCCUGAAACGUCAAGAUAAAGAUUGAAUGCCUCUCCUCAUUUCUUUCCAUUCGAGAACGCCUCUUCUUUCAUCAAUGUUUCUUCAGCUAAACAAGCAUACUCGGCUAAUAACAGUGCGAGCAAUCGUCGUCGUCAUCGUAGUCGCAGAAUUUAGCGAAAAUCUUCUACAGAAGAACAUAAAAUUCUUUUG